AUGGUUCCUCCAUACACUCCACUAUGCAGAUCUUUACAAGCACAUGUAACUUCUAUAAAAAAGUAGCAUAAUCCUCUUAACCCAUAGGUCAAACAAGGUUUGUCUUUUCCAAGCCAAUAAUUAUCAGAUAUGCACACAUAAUCGACAUUUUGAAAAAAUGAUUCUUUCCUUUGUUUUAACAGAUCUUCAAGCCCUUCACUUCCACUCUCUUCCAUUGCUUCAAAAACAAACUUUAAAACAAAAAAAUAAGUAAGUGUACAUAAUUACGCAUAGUAUAAUAUAAAACUUCUAUUUUAAGAAUAAAAUACCUUUAAAUUGACAGGAAUUGGCAAUUCCUGUUUUUGAUAAGCUUGGAUAGCAUUUAACCAGCAGAGGACUGGGCCUUUGUCAUCGGAUGCACCUCUACCAUAUAAUUUACCAUCUAUCUCAGUUAGAUUAAAAGGUUCUGUAUGCCAACCAUCUUCUUGAGCUGCAGGUUGAACAUCUAUAUGUCCAUAAAUACAUACAGUAGGUUUAGAUGGAUCAUUUCCAAGCGACCCAAGAAUGACAGGAGGCAAACGUAGUGGUCUUCCGUCAGGUAAAGUCUAUGUAGUGAAUCAUUGAGAAUUAGGCAAAAGCUUAAAUUGGAUUAAAAAGCUACAGAUUCAAUUUACCUGUGUUCCCACAUCACAUUCCUCUGCUUCAACACCAAGUGCCUUUAGCUUACAAUGUAGCCAUUUCACCAUAGUAAUACAAUCAUCUCUUAAAUGAGGAGAACAAGAUACGGAUUUUAUUGCAACAGCUUCCUUUAAUAGUUCAAUAUAAUUUAGCACAUGGUCAUCUACAUACCUAGAAAUAAAUUAAUUAAUAGGUUAAAUUUAAUAUUUAAAAAAUUAAGUCUCGACAACUUACUUGAAAAUAAGACUUAAAGUUCUUGAUUCUGGGAGUGCCAUGGCUCUAAAAGUGAAUCUUGUCAAUGCCAGAUUCUACUAAUAUUAGCUUUCCUUUAGAUAUCUUUCUUCUAAGAAAAUAAAUAACACCAACAGUAGAUAAGAUAAAAGAUGCUUAAUCAAUUGGUUGAGUUGUCAAGGAACUGAAGUAGUCAGAAAUUUUGAUCGACAAAUCGAGCUGAAACGGGCUAGUUCAUUAUAUUUUACAAUUUUCACAGGUAACAGUCAAAUUUGUAUUAUAUAGGAGCAACUAGGUUCAAAAAUUAUUAUUUUUUUAAAUUCAAAAUAGCAACCUACAAGUAAUGAAACGUUCAUUCACUAACUACUGCCUCUAUAAUAAAGAUAUACAAUCAUGGUGGGAAGUUCCGAGUAUUGCUCACUUUUGUUCCUUGUUUCGUGUAGCAUUUAAUCUUUUGGAUUUUGAUAUUGAGGAAUUGGAAGAGGCCUUGCUUACCGAUGGCACUGAGUUUAAUGGGAAUUCCUUAUUGCAAGAUCUCAUUGUCCGUCUUUUAUGUGGUUGUCUUGGUCAUAAUGGAAUAUCUACAUUUAACUAUCAAAUGUUUUUACGAAGACUUUUUCGUACUAAGUGUAAGGAGCAAGGCAGAGAAAAUCCAUUCAAUACAGAUAUAGAUUUUCAGUUUUUACCUUUGCGUACAAAAGUUGAGAUUCUUCAUGCCCUUUGUGACUUCAGAUUGGAUGCAGAUGAUGUCAUUGAUGUACUUAAGAAUUUAGAUUCAGACAGUCUUCGUGUACAUCCCCUUGGUCAUGAUGAAAACAGGUCAGCCUAUUGGUACUUUUAUGGAACAAGAUUAUAUAAAGAAGAAUAUCCUAAGAAAAGGAAGAAAAAAAAGGAUCAUGAUAAGUCUAAGAAAAAACGAAAAGAAGGUUACUCUAGCUCUAGUGAAGACGAAUAUGAGAGGCGCCCCACGGGAACAUGGAGGGUAAUGUGCUAUACAGAAGCAGAUUGGAGGGAGCUCGCUCGAUCUAUGGCUGGUUCCAGCUGUCGAGAAGAGAGAGCUUUAUACACUGUUCUCUCUGAAGAUUUUCUGCCAGAAAUACCUCGACUUUUUGAAGAGAAGGAGAGGCUACAAAGGAAAAGGGCAGCUGAACAAGCACCAAGACGAGCAUCUCGCCGCCUUGCCAAGCAAGAAGAACAAACAGUAAAGCCUUCGAAAGAUGAUCGAUAUUCAGAAAGAGAGCGUGUUAAUCGAGAAAAAAUGGAACAACGUGAAAGGCAAGCUAGGAUUAUGAAUAGAUCUCAGUCAGAUUCUGAUGAGGGGUCAAGUCUUAGCGAAAGUGCUCUUGUUCCUGCUGUUGGAAGACAGACCAAUAACUCCCUCUCUUCUGCUACUGGAGAAAUUUUCAUACAACCAAAUAGACAGAAGUUCAAAACAACACAACUGAGGACACGUGAAGACCUAAUGACUGGAAUGUAUAAGAUUUUGGAUCGAGUUAAAGCGCAUAAGGAUGCAUGGCCCUUUCUUGACCCUGUAGAUGAAGAUUAUGCCCCCAAGUAUUAUUCAGUGAUUGCCAAACCAAUGGAUCUGCAAACUAUGGAAGAUAAGCUUGAUAAUGGUGAAUAUGGAUCUUUACAGCAGUUCAAGGCUGAUUUUCAAUUAAUCGUUGACAAUUGCAGACAAUAUAAUGGAUCUGAUAAUGAGUACACAGAAAUGGUGAGAAGACUCCAGGAAGCUUUUGAAGCUUCUGCUGAACGGUACUUGGAUGCUGACCACUCAAGUUCAGAUGAUGACAUGCCUCCAAUGAUUCGUCAUAAUGUUGUUAUGACCAGUGAUAGUUCCAGUUCCCAAUUAGAUAGACCUCUGAGCCGCAGUUCUUCUCACGAGAGCAGUUUAGAUAACGACAGUGACCCAAAAGAUUCAUUAAUUAAAAGGGAUUUGAAAGAACAGAGUAUUCUCAAUAGGGAUAACAAAGUAGACAAAAGUAGAUUUAGAAGAAAACAAAAACGGAAGAAGAAAAGUUCUAAAGUUUCCAGCAUUGAAGAGGACGAUUCCAGCGAGGAAGAGUUUGCUGACAAGAAACGGAUUAGCAGAAGUCAGGAUGUGAGCAGUGAUGGAUUUGAUGUAAAAACUAGCAGUAGUAGAGAUUCUAGUAAAGAUAGAUCAAAAAAUAUCAGUAAAUCAAUAAAAAAUAGAAGUAGAAACAGAUUUAGAGUAAAACGGAAAGGUGUUCAAAAAAAAGAAAUAGACAAGGAUAAGCGUAGCACUGAUGGUUCAAGUAGUGAAAUCAGUAAGUCGUGUCCUGUUGACUCCAGUCGAGAAACAAGUAAAGAAAGAAGUCGAGAUCGAGUGAGGGUCAACUACAAAGAAAGGGAAACUAGUGAAAGUGAGAUUUUCACUGAUUCCUCUGAUGAUAGCCAAUUCGAUAAUAAAUUAAAAACAAAAACUUCUCCAAAAAAACCUGUCAAACGGGCAGGUAUUAUUAAGAAUGUUGAAGCCAUCGAAGCAUUAGAAUUGGCGACUGAACAAACUCUCAAGGACAUUAAUAAGUGGUUGGAUGAUACUCCAAGGUUUUCUGACUUUUCUUCUUGUUCUAAUUCCCCUUUACAUAUGCCUUACAUAGAAGACAUGGCUAGUAUCGAAGGUGAAUAUAGAAGGAGGUUGAUGAUGGAUCGGCCAAUGCGCCCUCGAGAUAGAUUUUCUAAUGAUCUUCAUAGGAGGCGUAUGUUUAAAGAACAAAUGGGUUUGAAAAGGAGGAGAGAAAUACAGAGGACAAUUGAUAGACUGCAACCAGGAAAGAGCAAAGGAAACCUGCUAUCUAAGGAAAAUCAUCUUAAUCAUCACAUUGAUGGUUCUGGUAUAGAAACUAAAAGUCAAUCUAAUGAAAAUGAUGAAAAUGCACCAAAAAUUAGUUUAGGUAAAGUUCUUCCCAGUGAUUUAUUAAGCUUUGGUAUUGGUGAGUCAGCAAAGAAGGAUUCAGAAGAUGAAUGUACAGAAGAUAAACUUGUUAUUGAAGAGCACACUGAAAAUAAAGAAGAAAAACCCAAAGUUGAGACCGAAGAUGAUGUUAAGAACUCACCUCCAAAUGAAACAGAAAAAAAAGUGACUGCAGAUAAUGAACAAAAAAAGGAAAAGCCAACACCAAAUUUGAGUGCUUGGUUCAAAGCUUUUGGCGCACCUAAAGCUCAGCCAACUACCAAAAAGAAAGCAGAACCUGAAGAAAAGAAAGAUGAUGAGGCCGAAGAAGAUAAAAGAACUAUUGAGAUACAGUCACCUGCUCGUCGGCAGCGAAAAGCUAGCACUGGAAGCAGUGUUUCAGAAAGGUCUUCUUUCAGUAUUGAGCCAGUUGAUGGUAAUUCGCCUAGAAGGAGCCUGGAUGAACCUUAUGUUUCUCCUCAGCAAGACUUGAAAACUUAUCAUCACCCACCAAUUAAUGGAACUAUUAAAGUUGGUUUUUACCAAGAUACUUGUUUUCCAAGAGGAUCUUCCGAUAAAAGUUCUUCUCCGAGAGAUCCUACAGGUUGUUCUCCCCGAGAUGUACCCAGUGUGAGUCCUAGGAAUCCAGCAUUCAGCCCUCGUGAAUACCAAAAUGUUAGUCCUCAAACUCCUUUUUGCAGUCCUUGCAAUCCUCCUCUUAGUCCAAGUCCUAGAGAAUUUAUUGGUAGCCCUAGAGAUAUUCCUCCAAAUGCCAGUCCUAGGGAUUAUCAUAAUAGUCCCAGAGAACUUAUUACACACUCGCGGGAAUAUAGUAGUAUGAGUCCCAGAAAUACAAACAGUCCUAAAGAUCAUACUUCAAUUACUUCUUAUCCUGUACCUCAUUCAUCUCAUAAUACUCCUAUUUAUUCCCACUAUCCAUCACAUCUAUCAUAUUAUGAUACUAAUAAGCCUAUAGAGUACAGGACUUCAGAAAAAAAUAUGUCAGUUUACCCUGUGAAGAAACGAGCAUAUAAUGAAAUUGAUAAUAAUAUUUCAAAAGCAAAUGAUGUUUCUGUUUACAAAGGUGGAGGCUCAUUUACUCCUACACGAGGAGCCAUGGAACAAGAGAGGACGUUUACUCCUACCCCAGGUAGAAUGCCUGGUCCUUCUCAAGGACUUAGAGUUCCAGAUCCUACAAUGCCUAUGGGCCUUGCCCAUCCUCUCCAUUAUGAUCCAUAUGCUGAUGAAAGGCGCAUUGCUUCACCAUUUUAUGCCGGAAAUCAGCCUUCUUCUCCUCAUCCAAUUUUUUCUCAAUCUUCUACUGUUUUGUCUGCUAAUUUUAGAAGGGAGCCGACAAGUGUACAGGAGGGCUAUGACAGGCAGAACGAUUGUGAAUUGCCUGCUUAUCAUUCGUCUAGGAGCAACACUCCUACUUACCCUGGAUCACCUCAUUCUGAUCCUCAAAGAACUAAAACUCCUAUUUCUACCUUUCCUAAUAGGUCAGCCACACCAGUUCAUCAUCAAUCUCCAGAUGCUUCACCUAUUAAUUAUUCAAAUGCUAAUACAGAUGGUUCUAAUAAAGAAAUUUCAUCAUCGCCUAGAAUAUUGAAUUGUUCUGACAAUGUAAAUAAAUCAACUUCUCCUUACAAUAAAUCAGAUAAUUCUGGAAGCAAAACUAAUCCUGCAUCGCCCAUAUCUUUUGCAAGUAGUAGGUUAGGUGAAGUUCUUCCUUCAAAAGUAACAAAUGCAUACAACAGAGCCUUAUCAGAUUUACCUCAUGGGCUCAAUUAUAAUCAUGGACAAGACCUUAGUAAAAUUAGUGUUCCAUUAAGUUAUAGUAAUCAGUCUGAUCUCUUGUCCUCUAAAAUGAAUUAUAAUCACCCCAUGGCAGAUUUGAUCCAAUCUUCUGCCAGGUACAAUUAUCCAAUGUCUGAACUAAUUCAAGGAAAAACUAGUGUUUACAAUCAUCCAAUACAAGAUUUUAUGCAAGGAAAAGCAGCUUCAUAUCCCAACAUGAAUUUGAGUGGAUAUAAUAGACCUAUCAGUGAGCUAAUGCAAAGUAAAGUAAAUGAUCUCCAAGCUAGGGAAAUGGUUUUCUCACCCAGAUCUGUUCCCGCUGCUCAAAAAUCCGAAUCCUCUACAAAACCUGGUAAAAAGAGCAGGAAAAAGAAAAAUGACACAUCUUCAGGUUUUCAACAGUAUGUAGCAGGUUCUUCUGAACCUAUAGCAUUAAAAAGUAAUAAUAGUGUUCCUGGAAGUGCCUUUAAUUUUGGUCCUCCUCUUAAAGAUAGUUAUGGCCCAUUUUUAGAUGAAAUAAGGUCUUCUUUCUUUGUUUCUCAUCCUGAAGGAGGUUCAGGUAAAGGAACACCUCAUACAUCUCCUUAUUAUUUAAGCCAUGCUUCAGCCCGAACCCCGCCUACUUAUCCCCAUCCUUUUAUGAAUGCUCAAUAUCAGCAGUAUUUACAGAGGCAUCCCGAGGAACUGUUGAGGCCCAUGAUGCUUCAUCAAGGCCUCCUCCCCCCUACAGCUGGUUAUCCUCAUGCCUAUCUUGGUAUGCAUGAUUCAAUAAACCGACCUGCUUGGUUAUGAGGUCGGUUGUUUUGUUAUCGUUUAGUUAGUGGAAAUCAUAAUUUUUACAUGCCUGUCUAAGUAUAGUACAAAAUCCUAUGCAUUAAUGGUCAUCAUUCCACAUCACUAUAUCUUUAGCUAACUGUUUACAUCUGUUAUUUUGUAAAGAGUUCGUUAAAAUGAUAAAAAUGGUCUAUUUUAAUUAAUUAUGAAGUAUUCUUAUUGAUGACUGUUAUAAGAGUAUUUCAAAUGGGUAUUAAGUUGAUAAUUAUUACAAAUGCCUUAUUAUAAUCUGUAAGUAUAAGCUGAGGAAUGGGAGAACCUGUCGCAUUUUAGGUUCAUUAACCAAUACCAUUUCAUGGUGAGGAUUCGUUUAUGGUAUGUAAAUAGAAUUUAGAGCCAAAGAUAUGUCUUAUAUUUGGACCAAUAAUUGUAAAUACUUCACCAUAGCAAACUAAUACUAAUGUAUAGAGUGUUGUAUAUUUCUAUGUUUUGUUGAUUUUGUUUGUAAAUUAUUAAAGUGUAUAUAUUAUACAUAAAUAUAUUAAUAAUUUGUGUUCUAAAUAUUAUAUAUAUACAUAUAUAUAAAUAUGUACAGUAAAUUAUAUAGUUAACCGAGUGAGUAGUGCUGCAUAGAUUUUAUUUUAUUGCGUGUUUGUUAUAUCUGUAAUUUUAAAUGACUAAAGCUUUAAUAAAAUAUCAAACAAAUAAAAUUUUAUAUGUUUCAUUUUAUAACAAAGAAAUCGUUAUAGUAUUGUGAAGAAUUAAAAUCGCUCUAUGUUAUGAUUAAAAGUUAAAUUUUCUUUUAAAAAAGGAAAUAUUAAUGUUAAAAAACAUAUCAGUUAAUUAUCUUAUCUAUUUAAAAUUACUAUUGUUUUUAUUGCUCCUUCAUCGAAAACAAGUCAACAGUACAUUGAUUCUUAAUUUGUGUCAAAGAUUACUUUCAUCACCUUCACACCAGUGGAAUAUUAAAACAAUAGUAAUCAUGUGCAUUUGCAAAAAGUUUUCUAUAGAAUUAAAAGAAAAAGAGAAUCACACAUACACAUAGAGCCUUUUAGUGAUAUUCUGGGUUGUUUAACCUGGGCCUUACUUUGUUUAUAUGUAAAAAUGAAAUGAUUCUGAAGUAAUUAAGUUUUUGCCUGCUGUCCUCACAUCAUUUAAAUUUAUCAUUAAUGUUAUUUUAUGUCAUAUUGUUUAUUUUGAAAACAUUUUUAUCAGAGUUUUUUUUUUAUUGUUUCAUAAAAAAUAUAUUUUUAUUGAUAUUAUUUAAAUUAUAUUAUUUAUCCCUCAAAGGGAUUUUAGGGAGCAGAGUAAAGUAAAUUUUAGAUUUAUUUUAUUAAUUUCUUUUUAAAUUAAUGUUAAUGCACCAAGAACACCUUUUAAAUAGAAUAUUAUUUUAUCAGAAUUAUCUUACUUUUCCCUUAAUUGGUUUUCAACUUUUAAUUUGUUUAUAAUGCUCGACUCAUUACUUUUCAGUAUAUUUAAUUUUAGAAUCACUUCAUUCAUUUAUCUCAUUUCUUCAUGUAUUCUACACUUAACAGUUUAUUAAUUGUCAAUUUUUAGGUCAAUUGUAAUUUUAUUUGAAACCGUUAUUUAUUAAUCUUAAAAUUGAUAAAACUUAAAAGAACAAGACUGAAUUGUUUUUAAACACUAGGUUUUUCUUUUCUUUUUCAUUUUUAAUUUUAGUGCAAUAUUGAUAUAUUAUUUGCAAGAAAAUAUUUAUUUCUCUUUGCUUUUAUAAUUUUGCAAAUUAUUUUUUUCAGUAGUUCUUUUAUUUUGUUAUUUUUCUUAGUUUAAAGAUUUUUUAUACAGAUGCUGUUAGUAAAUACGUGUGUGUCAAUAAAUGUGUAUGGUUUAUACACACUUCACACUAAUUAUAACAUGGCUCUCCAUUGAAUCAUUAUAAAAUAAGAAAACUAUAUUUCAAUGUAUAAAGAAAAAAAAAGUUAAGUAUUACAAAAAUCAAUAAAAUUAUAUAAAUUAUUUUAAAUAUUUUUUUUUAUAUGUUCC